AUGGUAUGCUUACCUUGGUUCAUACCGCAAUAUCGUGAAGUAGAAGACGACGUUGAAUCAAUCAGUGAAAGAGAUGGGUUGUUAAAAACAAGCAAUGAUGAUAGUUCAAUUCAAUUGGAUGAAUUUGAUGGAAAGGGAGAUACUAACAAAGUAGUAAUUAAAGAGUAUAGGGAUGAAGCUAAUAGACCAUGGUGGAAAUUCUUUGAUGAAUUCGAAUAUCGUUUAACUCUGGAACAACAGAAUAAAGAACACUUUCAAAAAGAAGACUGGUGGAGAUUCAGAUGGUUCAAUAAAUCAUUAACUCCAGAAGAAAGAAAAUUGUUAAUUAAAUUGGAUUUAACUGUUGGUGUGUAUGCCUUAUUGGGUUAUUGGGUUAAAUAUCUUGAUUCAGCUAAUUUAAACAAUGCUUAUGUUAGUGGAUUGAAAGAAGAUAUUGGUAUGAAAGGAAAUGAUUUGAUUAAUACUCAAGUUAUAUUCCUUAUUGGUAAUAUUAUAUUUGAAUUACCUUGGAUGUUUUUAUUGCCUAGAGUUUCAUUACCAUAUUUCUUAUUUGCUGCUGAAAUUAUAUGGUCAUUAUUUACGUUACUUACUUAUAGAGUUCGUAAUACUGGUGAAUUGCAAGCUUUCAGAUUUAUAGUUGGUGCUGCCGAGAGUCCUUUCUUUGUUAUUUUCCAUUAUUCGGCUGCAUCUUGGUAUAAGCCUACUGAAAUAGGAACUAUUGGAGCUAUAUUCUACUGUGGUCAAUUUAUAGGGGUAUUAACUAGUGGAUUAUUACAAGGAGCUGCAUCAACUAUUAAAGGAUCAUUGAAAGGUUGGCAAUAUAUGUUUAUUAUUGAUGGAUCAAUCUCAUUCUUUGUGGCAUUACUUUCAUUCUUUUUACAACCCGGUACACCUCAGCGGUGUUAUUCUAUUUGGUUCACAGAUGAUGAAAUCAAGCUCGCUAGAAGAAGAAUGAAAGCAAAUGGAACUGAUACUUCUCACGAUGUCAAAUCCUUUUUUGAUAAGGAUACUUGGAAGAGUAUUAUUACAUCAUGGCAUGUUUGGGUUUUAGGAUUCUUACAAAUGAUGGGAUUCAAUACUAAUAAUACCUCAAGUGGUUCAUUUGCAUUGUGGUUAAAGAGUUUAAAUAGAUACUCCACCAAGGAAUUAAACUAUCUAACUGCUAUUCCACCUGCAUUAGGAGUGAUUUGGAUUAUGAUAGUUUGUGUUGGAGCUGAUGUAACUAAGAAAAGAUUCGGAAUGAUAUUCUUUAGUUUCAUAAUGAAUUUUAUAGCUAAUAUCAUAUUAGCAAUUUGGCAUGUACCAGAAAGAGUUAAAUGGGCUGGAUUCUAUUUAAGUUAUUGGUCAUGGAGUCAGAGUAGUGUGUUUAAUCCUCUAAUCAGUGAUAUUUUGAGACAUGACAAUAAUCAACGUGCCAUCAAAUGGAUGGUUAUUUACAUAUUAGGACUUCAAUCAAGUGCUUGGGCUUCAAAGUUAAUGUUUGAAACUACAGCUGCUCCUCAAUUCACAGCCGGAUUUUCAACUUGUGCUGCCUUAUCUGUUGGUUUUAAUUUAUUAUUAACAGUGGCUUAUUAUUAUUAUAAGCGAGACGAAAGAAGGAAUGCUAUCAAAAGUGGAAUAUUUUUAUAUAAUUCUAAGACAGGAUACAUUCCAGAACAAAUAAAAUUGAAUGAUUCAUCGCCUUCUCCAUCUAUUGCUAAACAAAAUUAUAUUGUGGCUGUGGAGCUGGACGAUCAACAUUCUCAUUGA